GGGUGUGGCUAGCUAUGUGACUGCACACUAGCCUCGAUUCAAGGCAGAUUAUUUUAAUAGGCUUGGAAUCGAGGCUAACACCAGGCUAGCUAGACUCGACUGUACUGCAUAUCCAGCCUAGAGAAUUGACCUGCUUAUAAUGUCGGAAUUUGCUGGAAAAGUGAUCACGUGCAGUGCUGCUGUUGCUUGGGAAGCAUCCAAACCUCUAUCUAUAGAAGAAGUGCAAGUGAGUCCACCACAAGCAGGAGAGGUCAGAGUUCAGAUCAUAGCGACUGGUGUGUGCCAUACUGAUGCUUACACACUGGGUGGGAGUGACUCAGAGGGGAAGUUCCCCUGUAUCCUAGGACACGAAGGAGCUGGUGUAGUGGAGAGUGUGGGUGUGGGCGUCACCUCAGUAGUGCCUGGAGAUCAUGUGAUACCACUCUAUAUACCACAAUGUAGACAAUGCAAGUUCUGUAAGAGCAACAAGACCAAUCUUUGCUCUUGCAUAAGGAGCACACAAGGUCGCGGGGUCAUGCCUGAUGGGACCAGUCGCUUCUCCUGCAAAGGUCAAACUGUAUACCACUUUAUGGGUACAAGCACUUUCUCUGAGUAUACAGUACUGCCAGAGAUAGCAGUGGCGAAGGUGGACCCCAGUGCCCCUCUGGAUAAAGUGUGUCUACUAGGCUGUGGCAUCCCCACUGGCUAUGGUGCUGCUCUCAAUACGGCUGGUGUGGAGGCUGGUAGUGUAGUGGGCGUGUGGGGCUGUGGGGCUGUGGGUCUAGCUGUCAUCAUGGGCUGCAAGAAAGCAGGGGCUAGUAGAAUCAUUGCUGUGGACAUUAACAAUGACAAGUGGCCUACAGCUCAAGAGUUUGGAGCUACAGAGUUCUUGAAUCCACUGGAGCACUCUUCCCCCACACAACAAGUGGUAGCUGAACUAACUGAUGGAGGACUAGAUUACUCAUUCGAGUGUAUUGGAAAUGUCAAGACCAUGAGAGCAGCACUAGAGGCAUGUCACAAAGGUUGGGGUGUGGCCACUAUCAUUGGAGUAGCUGCAGCUGGGCAAGAGAUCUCCACACGACCAUUCCAACUAGUUACUGGGAGGGUCUGGAAGGGCUGUGCAUUCGGAGGUUGGAAGAGUCGUGAUGCUGUUCCAAUGAUGGUUGACCAGUACAUGAAAGGGGAACUGAAAGUGGACCAAUUUGUCACUCACACUUUUCCCCUAGCUGAGAUCAACACAGCUUUCCAAGUCAUGCAUCAAGGACUCAGCAUUCGCAGCGUGGUCAACUUCUAAGAUGGAUCUGUCACUGUCAGGAAUGGCUGGACUUGUAAUAACUGGACUGAUAAUGUUUUGAUAAUAAUUAUAUAUUAUUCAUGAUUGAG